GAAGAUUAUGGUCCAGACUGUGAUAGCAUGAGGAUAACGGCGUUCUUGGAUAUCCCUGGACAGGAUAACCUAACUCCACUGGCUCGUCUGGAAAAAUAUGCCUUCAGUGAUAACAUAUUUAACAGGCAAAUUAUUGCCAGAGGUCUUUUGGAUGUCUUUCGAGAUUUCAGUAAUAAUGAAGAAGACUUCCUGACUGUGAUGGAAAUAGUGGUCAGGCUCUCGGAAGAUGCAGAACCAACUGUACGUACAGAGCUGAUGGAACAGAUACCAUCUAUUGUCAUUUUUCUGCAAGAAAGUCGACCAAAAUUCCCAACAGCAUUUUUUGAAUACCUUAUGCCCAUAGUAGUGAGAUACCUCACAGAUGUUAACAAUCAGGUUAGAAAGGCAGGUCAAGAAGCACUGCUUAUACUGCUGGAACAAGAUCUUGUUGCUCAGAGUGACAUUGAAAAUAAGGUGUGUCCAAUUCUGUUGGACCUCUCUGCUCCUGAUAGCGAUGAUGAGUACAAGGUGGAAGCUGUGAAUAUAAUCUGUAAAAUGGCUUCAAUGCUGAGCAGAACAACAGUUGAACACAUGCUGCUUCCUCGUUUCUGUGAAUUGUGCAGUGAUGGGAAGUUGUUUCAAGUCCGAAAGAUUUGUGCAGCUAAUUUUGGUGACAUUUGUAAUGCAGUUGGGCAGGAAGCCACAGAAAGAUUGCUGAUUCCCAAGUUCUUUGAACUCUGUUCUGACAGUGUUUGGGGAAUGAGAAAAGCUUGUGCCGAAUGCUUUAUGGCUGUGUCCUACACCACGUCCCCAGAAGUUCGCAGAAGUAAACUAUCUCCACUGUUUAUCAGUCUUAUUAGUGACACUUGCAGAUGGGUUCGUCAAGCUGCAUUUCAGUCUCUUGGCCCAUUUAUUUCUACGUUUGCAAACCCUUCAAGUGCUGGUCUUUACAUUCGAGAAGAUGGAACGCUGAGUAUCCGGCCAUCAACACAAGAUGUGAAUUCCAAUUUCUGUCAGCCGAGCAAUGAUACAACUUCAGUGUCAUCCAGUACAGAUGCUGCAUCGUCCAGUUCAGAACAACCAAUGGAUAUCAAACCAGAAUCAUCAACUGAGGAGACUGCAGCUGAAGUUAAUACAAACCUCUCUGCUGAGAACCUAAAUAAAGAUACAGGGGAAGAAAGUUCAGAUUGUCAGACCAGUCCCGCAGAAGAUGUGUCUCAUUUGUCUCAGGAUGACAAAGUUGCUGCUGGUGUCAUGGAAGUCAAUAAGGGCAGCAGUGUUCCUGGGCUGAACUCAAGGAUACAGUCUGCUGAGGAUGUAUUUAAUACUUUUCUGUACUGGCGCCCUCCUCUGCCUGAUAUAAGUCAGGAUUUGGAGUUGCUUCAGUUCAAGACUGAAAAGCACAAAGACAGCUGUGCCGUGCCAUGUAAUAACUGUGUGGCUAGUAGUGAAAUAAAAAAGGUUCUAGAAAGCUUACAGGAGCACAUGGAUGAUCCAGAUGUUCAAGCUCAGGUCCAAGUGUUGUCUGCUGCUCUCAGAGCUGCUCAGUUUGACUCUGUUGGUGACUGUGAGACCAAAAAGAUGGAAGAGAACAGUGGCAGACUUCAGAACCAAGCUGUUUCAGAUACUACCUGCAGCCAGGUAAAGGAAGGCAGUCUUUCAACGAUGGCCUCCCAGAGUAUCAGUGACCAGUCUGUCACCAGUACACUGAAAAGCACAGACUCAGAGGAGCAACACAGAGAAACCAAUGUGUUCUUAAAGAAGGAGCAAAAGAAUAAUCCACCGUUUGAAGAUGACAAGUCAAAAUUCCAGGAUAUCAUACCUCAGCCUUUGCUAGACCAGUACUUGUCAAUGACAGAUCCAGCUCGAGCCCAGACUGUUGAUACAGAAAUAGCCAAACACUGUGCUUACAGUCUUCCUGGUGUGGCCUUGACACUGGGCAGACAGAACUGGCACUGCCUGAAGGACACGUACGAGACGCUGGCCUCGGAUGUGCAGUGGAAGGUCCGUCGGACAUUGGCUUUCUCCAUCCAUGAGCUGGCAGUUAUUCUGGGGGAUCAGCUAACAGCUGCUGAUCUGGUGCCAAUUUUCAAUGGAUUCUUGAAAGAUCUGGAUGAAGUGCGUAUUGGUGUCCUUAAACAUCUGUAUGACUUUCUGAAGUUACUUCAUGCAGACAAAAGGCGAGAGUAUCUUUACCAGCUUCAGGAAUUUGUGGUGACUGAUAACAGCAGGAACUGGAGGUUUCGUUACGAGCUGGCAGAGCAGCUGAUCCUGAUACUGGAGCUCUACAAUCCCAAUGAUGUCUAUGACUACCUAAGACACAUUGCACUAACUCUCUGCUCCGACAAAGUGUCAGAAGUUCGGUGGAUCUCCUUCAAACUGGUUGUAGCAAUACUACAGAAGUUCUAUGCAAACAAUGCAAGUGCACUGGGAUUAAACUUCAUUAAUGAACUUGUAGUGCGGUUCCGUCACUGCUCCAAGUGGGUUGGAAGACAAGCUUUUGCCUUCAUUUGUCAGGCUGUAGUAGAGGAAGAAUGUAUGCCUGUGGACCAGUUUGUUGAACACUUACUGCCCAGUCUUUUAAGUCUUGCUUCAGAUCCUGUGCCAAAUGUGAGGGUUCUGCUCGCCAAGGCCCUAAGGCAGACCUUGCUGGAGAAAGCUUAUUUUAAAAGUGUUGGCAAUCCUCAUCUGGAAGCUGCAGAAGAGACCAUUCUAGCCCUGCAGUCUGACAGAGAUCAAGAUGUGUCCUUCUUUGCCACCAUAAAACUAAAACAGGGUAACACAGACAGUACUACUAUUGAAAAACAAAACUGAAGUGUUCUUCUGCAGUAAACACUGAACGCCAGAAUGGUUAUUCACCUUAUUUUUGUGGUUAGUAUGAAUAAUGUAGACAAAUAAGGCUUUUGUUACCUACUUGAGCUGGAAAGGGUCUGUUGAGAAAUGUUAUGAUUGUCCUUUCGUGACCAUGUUUAAUUUACAGCUGUUUGGUAUGUGUAAUUCCUUUUGUUUUU